GCUUCCCCGAUGGUUCAGUGGUAAUCUACCUGCAGUGCAGGAAAUGCAGGAGAUGAAGAUUUGAUCCCCGGGUAGGGAAGAUGGGAGGAAAUGGUAACUCACUCCAGUAUUCUUUUGUGGAAAAUCCCAUGUAGAGAGGAGACAGACGGGCUGAAGUCCACGGGGCCGCGAAGAGUCAGACACGACUGAGCUUCAGGAGCGCAAGCGCUUUUGGUCUACAGAGAUUUGCUGCAGAGGACUUUAAAAGACUGGAUUGCAACUGCAGAGGCAAUAACAACUGAACCUUUAAAGAUGCAUACGGGGCUGCACAAAGAGAAGAGAGAAAUUGGAGAAACCAAUGAAGUGAGGAAAAAGUUUAACAGGGAAAACCUGCUUUCUGCCAACCACUGAAGAAGCAGCCCUCGGAAGCUGUUCCUUUGGGCCUCAUGGAGCAGCUGGAAGCUGUGCUGUGAGACCCCCGGCAGGAGGAGCUGUCACCCACUGAUCACUCAGCACGACGGUCGUCAUGGCCAGCAAGAGGAAGUCCACCACCCCGUGCAUGAUCCCCGUGAAGACUGUGGUGCUGCCUGGCUCCAGCGCCGAGGCUCCACCUGCUGAGCCCGGGCCCGAGGGGCCCCCCCAGGAGCCGCCCCCAGAAGUGCCCGCCACCAGCACCGAGGCCACCCAGAGCGCCAGUGGUCCUGACGUCCCCUCGCUGGCCAACGGGCACCGGAGCACCUUGGAUGGCUACGCGUUUGCCUGUAAAUACUGUGACUUCAGAUCCCAGGACAUAACCCAGUUUGUGGGACAUCUGAGCUCAGAGCACACAGACUUUAACAAAGACCCAAGCUUUGUAUGCACUGAAUGCAGCUUUCUGGCAAAAACUCCCGAGGGGCUUUCUCUGCACAACGCCAAGUGUCACUCGGGGGAAGCCAGCUUUGUGUGGAACGUGGCCAAGCCAGACAAUCACGUGGUCGUGGAGCAGAGUGUCCCUGAGGGCGCCAGCCCUCCCGACCCGUCGGGGGAGCCAAACGUGGAGGGGAUGGAUGGACAGGCAGAAAUCAUCAUCACCAAGACUCCAAUCAUGAAGAUAAUGAAAGGCAAAGCCGAGGCCAAAAAGAUCCACACGCUCAAGGAGAACGUGCCCAACCAGCCCACCGGGGAGGCCUUACCAAACCCUCCAGCUGGGGACACAGAGGUGAAAGAGGGGGACCAUGCCUUUGUCAACGGGGUGGCCCCCGCCAGCCAGGCCUCAACCAACCCCACAAAGCCCCCCCACUCGGCCAAUGGGCCCCUGCUGGGCACGGUGCCGGUGCUGCCUGCGGGCAUCGCCCAGCUCCUCUCCCUGCAGCAGCCGCCCCCACAGGCCCAGCAGCCCCUGCCCACCGCCAGGUCCCUCCCCAAAGUGAUGAUCCCGCUGAGCAGCAUUCCCACCUACAAUGCAGCCAUGGACUCCAACAGCUUUCUGAAGAACUCCUUCCACAAGUUCCCCUACCCGACCAAAGCCGAGCUCUGCUAUUUGACUGUGGUCACCAAGUACCCGGAGGAACAGCUCAAGAUCUGGUUCACUGCCCAGAGGCUGAAGCAGGGCAUCAGCUGGUCCCCGGAGGAGAUUGAGGACGCCCGGAAAAAGAUGUUCAACACCGUCAUCCAGUCGGUGCCCCAGCCCACCAUCACAGUCCUCAACACGCCCCUGGUUGCCAGCAGCGGCAACGUCCAGCACCUCAUCCAGGCCGCUCUGCCUGGGCACGUGGUGGGGCAGCCAGAGGGUGCGGCGGGGGGACUUCUGGUCACUCAGCCUCUGAUGGCCAAUGGGCUGCAGGCCCCCAGCUCCUCUCUCCCCCUGGCAGUUACCUCUGUCCCCAAGCCGCCCGCUGUCGCGCCCAUUAACACCGUGUGUUCAAAUACGACGUCGGCCGUGAAGGUGGUGAAUGCCGCCCAGUCCCUCCUCACGGCCUGCCCCAGCAUCACCUCCCAAGCCUUCCUCGAUGCCAGCAUCUACAAAAACAAGAAGUCUCACGAACAGCUGUCAGCUCUGAAAGGGAGCUUCUGUCGGAACCAGUUCCCAGGGCAGAGCGAAGUGGAGCAUCUGACCAAAGUGACGGGUCUCAGCACCCGGGAGGUGCGCAAGUGGUUCAGCGACCGCAGGUACCACUGCCGGAACCUCAAGGGCUCCAGGGCCGGGCUGCCUGGAGAGCACAGCGCCCUGCUCGUCGACCCUGUGCCCGAGGCGCCCUUCUCCCCGUCAUGCAAGGCCCCCGAGGUGACCUGCCUCCCCACGGCGGCCACCCUGGCCACCCCCUCUUCUGCCAAGCGACAGUCCUGGCACCAGACCCCUGACUUCACACCAACCAAAUACAAGGAGCGGGCCCCCGAGCAGCUCAGAGCCCUGGAGAGCAGUUUUGCACAAAACCCCCUUCCCCUGGAUGAGGAGCUGGACCGCCUGAGGACCGAGACCAAAAUGACCCGCAGGGAGAUUGACGGCUGGUUUUCAGAGAGACGGAAAAAAGUGAGUGCCGAGGAGGCCAAGAAGGCCGAGGAGGGGGCUUCUCCAGGGGAGGAGGAGGCCGCUGAGGACGAGGGGGAGGAGGGCUUGGCCGGGGAAAACGGCUCCCCAGAAGUGCCCGGUGGCCACAUGCUGGCCGAACGCAAAGUCAGCCCCAUCAAAAUCAACCUCAAGAACCUGCGGGUGACGGAGGCCAACGGCAGGGGCGAGCUCGUGGGGCUGGGCGCCUGCGAGCCUGAGGACGAGGCACCCGGCAAGCCGGUGGAGCAGCCGCCAGGCAAGGCGGGCUACAAGAAGACGGCCCAGCAGCGGCACCUGCUGCGGCAGCUCUUCGUGCAGACGCAGUGGCCCAGCACGCAGGACUACGACUCCAUCAUGGCGCAGACGGGCCUGCCGCGGCCCGAGGUGGUGCGCUGGUUUGGGGACAGCCGGUACGCCCUGAAGAACGGCCAGCUCAAGUGGUACGAAGACUACAAGAGGGGCAACUUCCCUCCCGGGCUGCUAGUCAUCGCGCCCGGCAGCCGGGAGCUGCUGCAGGACUACUACUCGACUCACAAGAUGCUGAACGAGCAGGACCUGCAGAGCCUCUGCGACAAGACCCAGAUGAGCGCCCAGCAGGUCAAGCAGUGGUUUGCCGAGAAGAUGGGCGAGGAGACCCGGGCUGUGGCCGACGCGGGCAGCGAGGGCCAGGGCCCCUGCGCCGGCGGCCCUGCAGCCCUUCACAGAGGGCUGGGUGACGUCUAUGUGGAGGUGUCGGAAAACAGCGAGUCAUGGGAGCCCAGCGCCCCGGAGGCCAGCGCAGAGCCCUUUGACACGCAGAGUCCCCAGGCCGGACCUCAGCUGGAAACAGACUGAACAGGAACUGAUGGCUGUGAAGGACCGGCCAGCCUUGGGAGGCUGCCGCCGCUUGGAAGGGCCCAGUCCCUCUCUGCUGCCACAGGCCGAGGCCGCACCAGCCCCCAGCCCGCACAGGCCUCCACGCGGCCAAGCCCGCCACCGCCCACGAGCGGGGAGACGCGUCUGCCAGUUCUGCCCACAAUGUAGGACCUCUCCUUUGCCUUCCAGUGAAUAAAUAGUUCAGGUUUCAUAUUCAUAGACACAGAAUCAAGUUUUUAACAUAUAAAUCUGCCUAUACACGUUUAAUAAAACAUCAGAUUGCAGACACUUUUAUUACAUAGAAACUCUGGUUAGCAGUCCAUGGUCUUUUACAUCAUCUCUGGAAAUGCCCUGUGUCUGUUCUCUGAAGAUCGCUGGGCCACGCAUGCCUACACCUUCCACGGUCGGGCUGGGGUCACCACACCUGCAACCUUUGCAGUACUGGAGGAAGGCAGCGCCUUUGAAGAGACCUUGGCCCCUUCAGCAGUGACUGGUAAACCACACAGCGGGCUCGCCUUGCCUCCUGGGACGAUCACUGCGGAACCCGUGUUCCCGGCGGUUUGAAAAACAGAGUGGGUAUGUGGUUAGUGUCUGAUGCUCACUCUCGUAAGCUGUUACAGCAGUUCUCCUUUUUCAUAGAGUUUGAAUCAUGGACCAUAACUCUUCAGUGAUGAGAUCGACUAAAGAAACACCUGUCAAGCCUAAUGUCCUGACCUACGUGCCGCUUUUCUUUUUUUCAGUCUAGACAUGUUUAGAGAGGAAAACUGACAAGAGAAACAGGGAUGGGAGAUGGGAGUGAAGGCCACAACUGCUGGGGGCUUCCACAGCCCUCUGUCAACACACUUCACAGCUGCCUCCAAUUUGGGAAGGAAGACCCAGGCUCAACCUGUCAGAGCAAGAACUGACGGGGCUCAGGGGCCUCUCGGAACUGUCAGAGCCAGGGUGGUCCUCAGCAAAGACCUGCGUGUGGGGUUCCCGACAAAGUCCAAGUCCUCCUGGCCCCACACCUGGGGCCUGGCUGGCAUGGUGGACAUUGCUGGACAGGUCCUUGUGAGAAGGUUUUUAAAGUUCUGUAUUUAUAUCCCCAAACUUGGAAACACGAUCUCUGUGUUAGCUGAAGCAUCAUAUCUGCUUUUUUAAUUGAGAAAAAUCACAGGAACGGGGGCCUUGGUAACACUGGGAAACUUGCUUACAAAGCUGUGCGCAGCAGUAAAGCCCUGUCUCCCCAAGACCAGCCCUGCGAGCAGCAGGUAAAGAGUGAAGCUCCCAGGAACCCCCUGCUGCCCAGAACACCUGGGCGCUCCUCCUGGGCCUGGGCCGGUGGGCAGCAUCAGGAGACCCAGAGGGAGGGCAGGGGCUGUGGUGAGAAGCAUUAGGGGUGGGGUAGCCACGGCCCUCCUCCCCACCCGCCCCGCAGAACCAGACCAGGCGGGCACCGCGCAGGCCUGGCUCCCAGCGUGGAGGUGGCGGCUGCCCCUCCUGCCUCCGGGGAGGCUUUUCUGAGGAAACCAAAAGCCCCGGAGCCACUGUUCCUCCCGUGUCUUUUCCCGCUCGCCCCGUCCCGUGAGGGACCACCUCCCCAUUGUCUCGAACAGGCGCCAUGUGAGCACUUGGCACGCUCUGCAGCCUGCUUUUGUCUCCUUUCCAUGUUGGGUGUGAAGCUCCUUAGCCCCAGAGCCUCUCUGGAGAGCUGCCAACAAUGGCGAGUGGUUGCCUCCUUUCAGAGAACAGACGCCUGCAGCGUUUCCCGUAGUGUUUAUGCACAUGCAGAUUAAUUUUUAUAUAUCCAUAUGCAGUAGAUACUCAGUUGAUGCUUUACUGGUGACGUGUACCCCUGACGUGUACACUCGAGAACGUGGUGGCACGCGGGAGCUGGGGGCGGGGCUCGGCCGCCGGGCGAAGCUGCCUCCGAUGGCGUCACUCCCAGAGCCCUGCGUGCCCCAGCCGAGGGCUGUCUCUUCAGAGAGGGUUUUCUUAUGUGUGGUUUUUUUUUUUUUAUAUUCACAUGUCAUUUACAACCCAAACAGCAAAGCAGAGAAAACAAAUUACAAGGUGGACAAAUUCAUGCAGGACACAGUGACCCCGCCUCAGCACCAGCUGGUCCUUAAAAGGUGGGCAAGUCACAGUGCUGCCUGCGGGCAGCUCUUCUCACAGACACUGGUCCUGCCCGACAGCCAGGACGUGCCCUGCCCCCUGCAAAUGGCGAGACCACCCAGGCUGGCCAGACCCUCCUUCCUGUGCUCUUGGAUCUGAGUGACUUAGGGGGGCUCGGGCUGCAUGCUUGAAGGAGACAGAUGUGGUUGGGUCAUUGAAUGGGUGUCUAAACAUACCCAGGGCCAUGGGGGCAAAAGCAGGAACACAGCCAAUGGGGCAGAGAUUCACCCGUGGCAGCCAGAGCCGGGAUGCAGUGGGAGGACCCUGUGGCCAGGCGGGUCACUGCGGGUCUGCACCCAGCUGAGGGUUAGACUGUGAUGUCGCCUCUGGUAGCAGGCAGUCUGUGGGCUGCAAAGUUGAGGGAAGUAGGGUGGGGCUAGUUUCUCCUGAAGAAAAAGCCUGUUUUUGUAAGGUGACUAAUCUCUCCCCUCUUCUCUGUACGUACUUGACUCGUCAGAGAUGGUGAACCAUGUCAGUGUUUGUUGUUGCCUGUCUGUACAUGUUUGGUUUAUUGUAUUUUUUACACGGGGUUGUGAUCCAGUUUGAAUAGGUGAGACCAGAUCACCAUUCUGAUACAGGAAACCUGGAUUUAUGCUACAUAUACUUUCAUACUUUGAUUACGUAUUUUAAUUCUUGA